AUGUCUAAAAUGAUAGACAUGACCAGGCUCCACCAGGCUGUUGCUGUGGGGGACUACAGUACGGUGAGCAGGAUUCUAAAGAAGGGGCUUUAUAAUCCAAACCACAAGGAUAGAGACUGGAAUGACCGGACUCCACUUCAUUGGGCUGCAAUUAAAGGACAUGUUGAUUUAACAAAGCUUUUAGUAGCCUAUGGAGCCAGGCCUUGUUUGGUUACUGAUGUUGGUUGGACCCCAGCACAUUUUGCAGCUGAAUCAGGCCAACUGGGAGUGCUCAAAGCCCUACAUGUACUACAUGCUGCUAUUGAUGCCCCAGAUUUUUUUGGAGAUACUCCAAAGAGGAUAGCACAGAUUUAUGGACAGGAAGAAUGCAUGGCAUUCCUAGAGAGAGCUGAAGUGGAAUGUCAAGCUUAUCGAUUAAUGGCCCAAGAGAAGGGGCUGCCAUUGGAUCAGAAAGAUGAAGAAUGGGAACUCAAGAAACAAGAACUGGAAGAGAGUCUCCCUUCUCUGAAUCCAAACAAAAAUGAAAAAAAGAUUAAGAAAUCUAAAGGCCCCCACAAGAAGACUCCACGUGGUCAGGCUCAUUUACACUGA